GGUGAACAAAAAUAAAUCCGUAAGGCCAAUUAAUUUUCCCCAUUUCCGUAGCCUUGACCCCUCCUACAUUCAUCCCCUCAUUAUCACCAAUGCCCUCCCCCCGUUCACUACCCCCAUCAUUCCUCACCCCUUCAUGGACUGCUCGCCAAUUGCAAUGUCUUUUCCAACGCCGUCACAUAUACCAAAAGACUCGCAAGAACAAUGGAGAUCCCCCGAAACCACAAGGUGAAUCUCUCUUCGGAGCCCGACGUCUCGAUCUUACUCCCCCUAUAAAACCACCCACAUCUCUCUUUGAAGAGCUCUUUCCCGAGGAACAACAAAGACCUCCUCGAUAUACAACCCCAUCAAAACACCUCCAACAUCCUGCACCUUCAAAAUUUCCAAAAUUACCUACCUUUGGCUGGACAUCUAAUAUUGAGACAUUCGAUGAAGCGGAAGUGCGACGACGAGCUGCGGAGAAGGAGAGGAGGGAUUGGAAUUUGGUUGGGAAAGAAAGGGGAAGAGAAGAAGAAGAUGCGGUUCAGAGACUGGAGGCUAGUGUUCUGAUUUUGAAUUGUGCUAGUAAGACGUUGGAGGAGAGUGAUUUUUUUAGGUUGAGUCCAAGGGGUGAACAUAUUGAGGGAUGGACCAGUGGAAUUAUUAAGAGUAACUUGUUUCUUCUCUGUCCUUUUACUUUAAUCUAUGUCCAUUGAUAUAUGUACAAGCUUGCAAGCUUAACUAACUACUCAACUAGUAAUUCCCGGUCGCGAUCCUCAAACCCUCGAAGCUCUAGGUCACUACUUCAUACUCUUCUCCUCGCGCGCUGCAGCCCUUGCCUAUUUUCAUCGCACCAUUGAACUGCACACCCUGUCUCGAACCUACCAACCCAAUAUCGUUCCGCUUCCAGAUGCAUUUCCCUCAAAUCCCAAUCGACCCCCUUCAACCCUUCCCAAUUCAACCAAAGAACUUCAAUCGCUGCUGCGGAAUUUCACCCUCAUCCCUCCUUACACUCGUCUCUCUCUCCGCCUCCUUCAAAAGCCCUAUCGUCCAGCCAUAACUACGCUCUUAAAAACUGGUUCCCCACUCACCCUUACAAACUCUCGCUCUCAAUCUCAAACUCAAGACACAGUCCUUUUUACCAUUACCAUCACAUCCACUGGUCUUAGUUCUUGGGGUCUCCGAGAAAUUCUCGAUAAAGAUGGAAAACGUCGUAACCUGCAUUGGCGUUUCGCUCGCGAAGGAGCCAUCAUUCGGGUUGGCGAAAAAAUAAAUGUCGGAUCCGAAACGGGAUAUCGAGGGGAAAAUAAUAUCGGGAAACAAAAAGCUUAUAAUACAAGCGCAAGAUAUAUAUUAUCAUUUAUGGAUAGAGCGGAGGCUAGAAGGUUUGUCAGGGAGUGGCAUAAAAGGCCUUGUCCUUUGCAAAAGGAGUAUAAAGAGGGUGAUGAACCUCCUCCUAUUGUUAAUGCUGAGAUUAUGUGGUAAAUGUUGAGUAAAGUGGAUAGGGGGGGUAGAGUAGAUAGAGGAGGAAGAGGAGAAAAAGGAAAUACUGGUAUAGGAGAGUAAGAAUCUUUGAGAGAUUCUACAAAAAUGAUAUCGAUAAUAAGUAAUUACUUCUAAACAAGUGAGGUGAAGGAAAUCUUUUUUCGACAUCACCAUACUUGACUGUAUAGCACAACACGUAGACAUGUGACAAUCUUGAGAAUCAGAAGAAACAGAAAGAAUACAUUAGAUGA